AUGCCACAUCCCUACCAUCCAACCAAUCCUUUACAAAGCUACAUGCCCCAUCCCGAUCAUCCAACCAAUCCUUUACUAAGCUACUUGCCCCAUCCCUACCAUCCAGCCAAUCCUUUACCAAGCUACAUGCCCCAUCCCUACCAUCCAACCACUCCUUUACCAAACUACAUGCCCCAUCCCUACCAUACAACCACUCCUUUACCAAGCUACAUGCCCCAUCCCUACCAUCCAACCAAUCCUUUACCAAGCUACAUGCCCCAUCCCUACCAUCCAACCAAUCCUUUACCAAGCUACAUGCCCUAUCUCUACCAUCCAACCAAUCCUUUACUAAGCUACAUGCCCCAUCCCUACCAUCCAACCAAUCCUUUACCAAGCUACAUGCCUCAUCCCUACCAUCCAACCAAUCCUUUACCAAGCUACAUGCCCUAUCCCUACCAUCCAACCAAUCCUUUUCAAAGCUACAUGCCCCAUCCCUACCAUCCAACCAAUCCUUUACCAAGCUACAUGCCCCAUCCCUACCAUCCAACCAAUCCUUUACCAAGCUACAUGCCCCAUCCCUACCAUCCAACCAAUCCUUUACCAAGCUACAUGCCCCAUCCCUACCAUCCAACCAAUCCUUUACCAAGCUACAUGCCCCAUCCCUACCAUCCAACCAAUCCUUUACCAAGCUACAUGCCCCAUCCCUACCAUCCAACCAAUCCUUUACCAAGCUACAUGCCUCAUCCCUACCAUCCAACCAAUCCUUUACCAAGCUACAUGCCCCAUCCCUACCAUCCAACCAAUCCUUUACCAAGCUACAUGCCCCAUCCCUACCAUCCAACCAAUCCUUUACCAAGCUACAUGCCUCAUCCCUACCAUCCAACCAAUCAUUUACUAAGCUACAUGCUCCAUCCCUACCAUCCAACCAAUCAUUUACGAAGCUACCUGCCCCAUCCCUACCAUCCAACCAAUCAUUUACUAAGCUCCAUGCCCCAUCCCUACCAUCCAACCAAUCCUUUACCAAGCUACAUGCCCCAUCCCUUCAAUCCAACCAAUCCUUUACAAAGCUACUAUAAAGGGCCUAGCUAUGGGCCUGAAUAUACAUGUGUUUAUUGUUUAUGGUAA